CGUUUUUGAACUUUUCGCACUAAAAUUCAAAAUUGCAAAGUAAAACUCUAGGUCAGUGGCUGCCGAUAGUACCAUUGAACCUGUUGAAAGGAAGCGCAUCUUGCAUCUCAACGCUGAACAAAACAGGUCACUACAAGCUUCGUUACCAUCAUCAUCGCGAAGUUCAACGAACUCGAUCAAUCAGAAAGCCCAGAUGGAGCAAUCACUACAAGCUUCGUUACCAUCAUCAUCGCGAAGUUCAACGAACUCGAUCAAUCAGAAAGCUCAGAUGGAGCAGUUUCUGGAGCGGUAUACAAAAGAGCAAACUCGUCAGGACUAUCGUUUUUGGAUUAUGGCCAAAAUGAUGCAACCUCUUCUGGACUCGUUGAUCGAAGUUUUGAGCGAACGACCAACAGAUCGGGCACUGGCUGCGACCGGCGAGUGGUUACGAACACAUUGGCAACCGUCUGUUAUGAGGCCGAAUGCUUCAUCAAUGCUUGUUUAUCUGGCAACACAUACCGGUAUGCUGACCGAUCCAAGUGGACUUCAAGAGCAUAUACAGCGAGAGCUAUCUCGACAGUGA